AUGGGAAAGGUUCACGGUUCGCUCGCUCGCGCUGGUAAAGUUCGUGGUCAAACCCCGAAGGUCGCGAAGCAAGAAAAGAAGAAGCAACCGAAGGGUCGCGCGUUCCAACGCAUCAAGUACAUCCGCCGCUUCGUGAACAUCGUCGUCGGUGCCGGCAAGAAGCGCUCGCCGAACUCCAACCAAGCGUAA